ACACCUACUGUACCUCUUAGAAAAGAAAGAUGAGGAGAGAGAGUAGGGGGAGAAGGAAGGGAAAGGAGAAACACCAAGAGGAGGAAAUACAAAUCAGAGAGCCAUAAGCUUCUUGAAAUGAGCUUGUUGAGGUGUGAGAAAACAGAGAGAAAAGGAGAAAAACAUUUUGUACAACAAAGACUCUGGAAAGGGAAGGGCUGGAGAAAUUCUCCCUCUCUGCUUUUUGUUGCGAGAAGUGGAGAGUGUUUGACAGUUUCCCCUCCAGCGCUCGACAGCAACCAGAGUCAGAAGGAAGGAUUUUUUUUCUCGAUCCCACCUCCAUGAGUGGAAUUACAUUGACGAAGUGAAGCAGCGCAACGCUACUGACAAGAGGUGCUGAAAGAAGGGUAUAAAGCCUUGGGGGGCAACUGGAGAGUGCUAAAGUGAUGGAGGCUAACUCUAAAAAGCAUCGAUUUAGGAAGGGUCGCAGUGCCACCUUCAGCAUUGAUGGCUUCAAUAUCACCAUCGUGGCAAAUGAAGAUGGAGAGAGCUCCAGCAGACCCCCACCAAGUUUUGCCCGCUCUAAAUCCCAGAGUGCUUUGUGGAAUGCCAUCACUGCAGGAAUGGGGAUCAAAAGCAAAGAGCAGAAGGUUCCCCUGAAUGACCCGCGGAGUCCCGAGGAGAUUCUGGCCGAUGAGCUUCCAGCUUCAGAUGAACCAGAUGCCACAGAGAGAACUGCCAUCAGGCGCAAAUACAAGAAGACGUCCCAGAGAUUACGAUGUCUGGUGAAGCAACUGGAGAGAGGAGAGGCUUCACUUGCUGACCUCAAGAAAAACCUGGAGUAUGCAGCAUCGGUGCUUGAAUCGGUUUACAUUGAGGAGACAAGAUGGCGACUGGUGGACACAGAAGAUGAGCUCAGUGACAUCCAGUCAGAGUCUGUGCCUUCAGAGGUGCGAGACUGGCUGGCCUCCACCUUUACCAGGCAGAUGGGCCUGAUGCUGCGGCGAAAUGAAGAAAAACCUCGUUUUCGUAGCAUUGUCCAUGCUGUUCAGGCUGGAAUCUUUGUUGAGAGGAUGUACCGACGCACCUCAAAUAUGGUGGGGCUCAGCUACCCUGCAUCUGUCAUAUCUGUGCUUAAGCAUGUUGACAAAUGGUCUUUUGAUGUCUUUGCUUUAAAUGAGGCCAGCGGGGAUCACGCUCUUAAAUUCAUAUUCUAUGAGUUGCUAACAAGAUACGAUCUCAUAAGCCGUUUCAAGAUUCCAAUCUCUGCUGUGGUGUCAUUCGUGGAAGCCCUGGAAGUCGGAUACAGCAAACAUAAAAAUCCUUACCACAACCUUAUCCAUGCUGCUGAUGUAACCCAGACUGUACAUUACCUUCUUCUUAAGACUGGCAUGGUGCAUUGGUUGACUGAAUUGGAGAUCUUCGCCAUGAUAUUUGCAGCUGCUGUGCACGACUACGAGCACACAGGGACCACAAACAACUUUCAUAUCCAGACAAGGUCAGACACAGCUAUCCUGUACAAUGAUCGCUCAGUGUUGGAGAGUCACCACGUCAGCGCAGCCUACCGUCUACUGCAAGACGACGAUGAGAUGAACAUCCUUUACAACCUCUCUAAGGAUGACUGGAGAGAGCUACGGGCUCUGGUGAUUGAAAUGGUCCUGGCCACAGACAUGUCCUGUCAUUUCCAGCAGGUCAAAGCCAUGAAGAACUAUCUACAGCAACCCGAAGGCAUUGACAAGCCCAAAGCCCUCUCACUACUCCUACACACAGCUGACAUCAGCCAUCCAGCCAAAGGUUGGGAUCUCCACCACAGAUGGACCACCUCCUUGCUUGAGGAGUUUUUUAGACAAGGGGAUAAAGAAGCCGAACUAGGGUUGCCGUUCUCUCCACUGUGUGACAGAAAGUCCACAUUAGUUGCACAGUCACAGAUUGGUUUCAUAGACUUCAUUGUGGUGCCCACUUUUACUGUGCUGACUGACAUGAUGGAGCGUAUUGUCACUCCGCUCAUCGACGAGGCUUCCCACUCUGGUCUAUCCAAUUUUAGACGUUCUAGUCUGAACAGUAUUAGCUCUGAUGAAACCAAAAGGCACAGUGUCAAGAGCAUGGGCUCUGACAGCAGCUCGUCUGGCCAAAGUUCCCUUCUGACGGUGGACAUUAAAAACUUUAAGGCCUUGUGGAAUGAGGAGGUUUAUCAGAACAGGGAAAGAUGGAAAGCCCAGGCUACUAAAGAAGCAGAGGAGAGAGGUAAAAAGGAAGCGGAGGAGCAAGCUCAGCAGGAGGAGGCUAUGGAACCUCAGGAGGUCCAGACAGAGUCUGUAUGCCCUGAACAGAAGGAGAAUAAAUUAGACAGCAAGGUGUCGGCAGAGGUCAGCAGGUCAGCAGAUGGAAACUCAGGGGAACCAAAGCAGGCAAAGUCCCCAGGGAGUACUACACCCCAUAGUCCCUUGCUGCAAAACGGAGAGUUGUUAGAGGGGGCUGGAUCUCCAGAUGGUGAAGAUAACAAGAGCAAAGUAACAAGUGAUGCCGUGAUGGAAUAGCAGAGGAGAGGAGCAUCAUGACCAGAUUCACUUUGCCCUCAUCUUUUGUGAGGGUGCGAUGAAUGGCCAACUGUUGGGCUCUGCUGCCCCCUAGAGAUGACUGAAAAACUCACACCUUCACUUCCUUUUGUGGUUUUUGUCAUUGGAUUUUAAUUGCUUUUUCACAUGUAUUAUGGUUUAAUUUUUUGUACACAGGCAGGUGCAAUGUAAUUUUUUUUUUCUGUAUUGGUUUUUUACCUUAACCUGAAUAGCAUGGGGAUAACACACUCACCUCCAACCUCUGCGAUAUUUUAUUCUCCUUUGUAUUACAUUUUUUUAAUAACCUCAUGUAGCUAUUUUAAAAGUUCUACUUCCACAUUGUGCAUCCAUCUUUAUUGGCUAUAUUAUUUCAGAGAUGGACUUAGGUUAUUUGUUGCUUUAUGUGCAGAAUAGUUAAAUAUCUAGGGGAAUUUUACAAAGUCCAUCCUGCAUGUGCAUCUUUUGUCUGUACAGUAAACUGAGGUUAAGACCACAGGUCUUUCAGCACUACUGUUUUAAUACCAAGUACUCCUUAAACAAAUCAAAUCUUAGAAAAUAUUUUCCUCAGAGUGCUCCUUAUGGUUGCUAAAGCCACAGGAAACCUAUCUUUACUUUGAUAUUGUUUUCCUUAAUCUUUAAAUUAUUUGUUUCCUUGCAGCCAGGUACAAAAUGUUUUGUUUGUUGUUGUUGUUUUUGUGUUGUUUUUCUUGUAAAUAAAUGUAAUGUUUAUUGAUGCCUGGAUAAGAAGCUUAAAUCCAUCUAAUGUCCAGUAAGAAAAAUAUUUUUAAUAAAUAAUUUAAUAUAAAUGUGGUGGAAAAAAAGUCCAAAAAAUAGGAAAGCAGCUUUUUGUAAUUUCAACAUAUCACAUGUGCAAAUACAUUUGAGUUUUGUAAAUAAUUUUAUCUAAAAUAUAUUUUGUUUUGCAUUAAUGUGUUGUAAUAUUUAUGCACUGCAUAUCUAAUAUUUUCACAUUGUGUGUUUACUCGAUGCCUUCUGAUGUGUUUUGAAGCUGUAGCAAGAGCUCCACAUUGUUGCAAAAUUACUCAUAUUAUUAUAAAUUUUUUUUGCUUUUGUUCAGCAGUACAGUUUUCUCCCAGAAGCUUCCUAUUCUUGGUCGCUGUUGCAACAUUUUAUCAUUGUGUUUACAGCGUGCCCGUACACCACUUGACAAACCCAAACUUUAAUUUUUAAUCUGAAACAGCAAAUCCAAAGCAUAUGUGCUUCUUUUCUGCCAUGAUUCUGAGUUUUAAUGUUGUACAUAAAAUUUGUAAUUAUUGCACACUUUACAUAUAUACUAUAUUGGACACGUGGGUCAGUUUUCACUUUAACCAGUGCCUAGCAAAAGUAUUUGUACUUUGUAUAUUUGUAUAUUUUUUUCUCACAUUUUGCUAUGUUACAAUCACAAACUUCAAUGUGGGAUUAUUUUUUUGUUUUUCAGUGCUGUGGUCAACAAAAAAAAGGAAUGAUUAACUGUGAUGGGGAAGAAAAAUGUUCACCAUGUUGUUUUUAUUAAUAUCUCAAAAGUGUGCAUCCACGUGUCAUCCUGACCUGAAUCAGUUCCCAUUCCAUCAACAGAUUCUCUUACUCCUGCAAGUCUUUUAGGUCUCUACAAGCUCAGUUAGAUUAAAUGACAUUUCCCUUUAAUUUCCAAACUCCUGAGGGCCUCAGAAAAUAUAGAGAGUUAUACUGAAAUAAAUAGCAAACAGAUUAAAUCUGUUUCCUAAUUUGAUAAAUUCUCAAAGCAGUUGUACUGGAUUUUAUUUGGGAUUUUCAGUCAUUUCCACUUCAUAAUGAUGUUCCCCUUUGUGAGUGUUUAUGAAAUGGCAUUUUAACAGAAUACAAUGAAGUUUGUGGUUAUAACUUGCCAAAGUGUUCAAGUUCAGCCAAUACCUUUGUAAUGCACUUGUGCUCAGUACAUUAAUUUCCAGGGAAGAAAAGAAACAUCUGAGCAGUAUUUGUGGAGAAUGAAAUUAUUUUCCUUAAACAUCAAACUAUUCAUUUCUUUUAGUUAAAAUAACCACAUUUUCUGUAUGAAGUUAAAGCUUUGUAGAAUAACUGUAUAUGAUAUAAUGCAAAUUAUAGCUAUAUCCUUACAGUUUAGGGGGUUGAAAAUUUAUUAUUAAAAAAAAAA